AUGGACAGUGAAGUGGAAGCGAUGAACACCAGCCUUGACAGUCCUCUGAGCCCCAGGCACCUGACCGGGUUGGGGAUGAACUGUCUUCUUGGCCAAAAGUACAGACACUCUGGGCCCGGCCUCGCCAGUCCUCAGGAGUACAACCAGUGGCUGCCUUAUCGCCAUGACGCCAGCCUGCUGCCCAUGAAGGAAGACCUCGCCUUCUGGCUCAACAACAUCCUGGAUGUGGACCUCACAGUGGAUAGUCUGAUGGAGAGGUUGGAUAACGGCGUUCUCCUCUGUCAGCUGGCACAGCUGCUCCAGGACAAGAUGAUGCACACCAACAAUGGCAAGCCUUCAAUAAGAAGAGUGAUCCACUGGCGAGCUGACGCAACUUCUGGAUCAUUCUUCGCCCGAGACAACACCGCCAACUUCCUGUACUGGUGUCGAAAGAUUGGCGUUGAUGAGGCUUACCUUUUCGAGUCAGAAGAUUUGGUCCUUCACAAGCAACCGCGGGAGGUGUGCCUGUGCCUGAUGGAGCUGGGACGGAUUGCAGCCAGGUUUGGAGUGGAGCCUCCGGGGCUGGUGAAGUUGGAGAGGGAGAUAGAGAGGGAGGAGGCGGCGUGCUUAUCUCCAUCCUCCCCUCUGCCCUUCUCCUUUUUUCCUCCAACAUCAUUGUAUUCUCCAUCACAAUCAUCCCUACCCCCCGCCCCCUCCCCUCCUCCCCCUCCACCUGCGCCCCUCACUCCGAGCACAACCGGUCUGUCUGAACCCCUCGCUGCCUCCCUCGCCUCUGAUCUUCCAUCAGCCACAACAAACCCAGUGCCUACAUGUUUAUCCCCUCCUCAGUCCUCCCUCUCAGCCUCUAACCCUUGUACAACCACAGCCUCCACACAAACACCUUUGUUCUCUUCAUCCUGCACCACUGACACAUCUGCCUCAGCUCCACUGUCCGCACCCUCGCUGAGCCCAACCCUGGUAUCCACCACCAAAGUCUCUUCCACCACAAUAAUUAGCCACACUCCCACAGCUACGCCUCCCAUCACCUCCCCACCUGCAGCUCCUCGCUCCUCCAAAAGAUCCACAACCCGGAGGAGCACAGGCCCCAACAACAUUUUGGAUGAUAUUGUGAGGAACAUUAUAGAAAACCCUCCCUGCAGCUGUGCCACCAGGUUCCUUGUUGAGAAGCAACCUAAGGGCUGCUACCGUGUUGGAGACAAAGUCCUCUAUAUACGAAUGCUGAAUGAGCGUCAUGUGAUGGUGCGUGUGGGCGGAGGCUGGGAGACCUUCAUAAGUUACCUGCAGAAACACGACCCCUGCAGAGGGGGUGGACCUGUUGGCAGAUCUGAGGUCAGGGUCUGCAGGGACAAAGCAAAGUCACCCAAUGUGAGCAUCUCACCUGACAGCUACAUGGUGGUUGGUGCUCAUUACCGGAGCAAGAAGUAGACUCUCAAACUGCUCUGAACAUCUCACUUAAUCAGACCAAACUGUGCGACAUCAGUGAUUUAACAAAUUGCUUUUUACCUCAAGUUUAAAAGGAGCUCCAAUUCUUUCUAUUUAAGGUCCACGGUGUAGGAUUUAGAGUGAUAUAUUGGCAGAAACAGAGUAUAAUAUAAUGUCUUGAGUAUAUAAUAAGCUCAAAAUAAGAAAUGUGUUUUCUCCAGAAAGGGCCAUUCACAUGUUCAUGUUUUCGCUUUUUCGUGUCAGCCAUCGUAGUUAGCAGCCCCUCCGUGAGAACUACUAUUCAGCUCCUGGUAAAGACUGUCUGAAUAAUGAACACCCAAGGAAAUCUAACCAGGAGUUCACACUUGGCACAUGGGAGAAGUUUCAGCUGGUUGCAAUCUGCAUUACUCACCACUAGAUGCCACUAAAUCUCUCUAAAUCUUACACAC